UUUCACACGCGCCAUAUCGUGUUAUCGUUGGCCUCCACAAAACUCCUACGCACGUCGCUACACCGUUGGCGAUCUUAAAACUCCUCCACGACCCAACCGUCUCGACAUCGGCAAGGUCGUCAGCCGGUCCGUGUCUCCACUUCUCCAGUGGUUGGUUGGUUGUCCAAAGGUUUUGACUCUUCUCAUCUCUUGUGUGCCCUAUCUUUUUUUGUGUCACAUUUUUUGUCUUACGUGUCUUAGAUCUCGUGCAACUGUGUUCGUGUCGGUGCUUUGUAAAGGCGCGAUCUUGAUUAUUGAGAUUACGUAAAAAACAGAGAAGAGGCGAUAAAAUACCUGUACCGAACAUUGAGAUUUUGGGUAUGAGUUCUGGGAUUUGUGGAUAUUGAGUCUGUGAUGGUUUCAGCGGUUUCCGAGCACGUGUGCGGUGAAUGACAGAUUGUUCUUCCUCAGUAUAGUCCACGCGGUGGAUAAAGUACAUUUUAUAUUAGAAGGAACCUUCCAGGUGCCCUUCUCAUCUUUUGGUAGCGAUUAAGGGUACUGCGGAAUAAGGAGAAUUGUCGUGAUUCGAUCUGCAAUUUUUCCAACACUCCAAAAUGGUUAUUGGUUUAUGACAAAUCCAGUUAGAUUUACCAAAAGUUGGUAAUCGAAGGAAAAGUUUGAAAAUCUAUUAACCUUAAAGUCCAAAGUGGCUAAGAGCGUAAGUCCUCGUAGAGUGCACCAGGAGUGCUCUACAGGAGUGGAAGUACAGGUCCAGGUUCAGGAAAGGCGAACACCGAGGCGCAUGCCGUACCUAGGGCCCGAAAUGACAACCCGGCUGUCUGCCAUGUUCUACACGGUCGAGGUCGGGGACACCAAGUUCACUAUCCUGAAACGGUACCAAAACCUCAAACCUAUCGGAUCUGGAGCACAAGGAAUAGUUUGCGCGGCCUUCGACACCCUCACGAAUCACAAUGUGGCGAUUAAAAAGCUCUCCAGGCCUUUUCAAAAUGUGACACAUGCAAAAAGGGCGUAUAGGGAGUUUAAGCUUAUGAAAUUGGUUAAUCAUAAAAAUAUUAUUGGACUCUUAAAUGCGUUCACGCCUCAACGGUCGUUGGAUGAGUUUCAAGAUGUCUACCUCGUGAUGGAGUUGAUGGACGCCAAUCUGUGCCAAGUGAUCCAGAUGGAUCUGGACCAUGAACGCAUGUCGUAUUUACUCUACCAGAUGCUCUGUGGCAUUAAGCAUUUACACUCUGCUGGAAUCAUCCACAGGGAUUUGAAACCUAGCAAUAUCGUCGUCAAGUCAGACUGCACAUUAAAAAUUUUGGACUUUGGCCUCGCCAGGACUGCUGGUACGACGUUUAUGAUGACACCCUACGUCGUUACACGAUAUUAUCGAGCGCCAGAGGUGAUUCUUGGCAUGGGAUACACGGAAAAUGUGGACAUCUGGUCCGUUGGUUGCAUCAUGGGCGAAAUGAUUCGAGGAGGUGUCUUGUUUCCUGGAACAGAUCAUAUCGAUCAAUGGAACAAAAUCAUAGAACAAUUGGGAACACCAGCCCAAGAAUUUAUGCAACGACUGCAACCGACAGUGAGGAAUUACGUCGAGAAUAGGCCACGAUAUCCUGGAUACCCCUUCGAAAGAUUGUUCCCAGAUAUAUUAUUUCCGUCCGAUUCGUCGGAACACAAUAGAUUAAAGGCGAGUCAGGCGCGGGAUCUUCUCUCACGAAUGCUGGUGAUUGACCCAGAACGCCGCAUCUCAGUUGACGAUGCACUGUUGCAUAAUUACAUUAAUGUGUGGUACGAUGAGGGCGAAGUCAAUGCUCCUGCACCAGGUCCUUAUGACCACAGUGUGGACGAGAGGGAGCACACAGUUGAUCAGUGGAAGGAAUUGAUCUACCAGGAAGUCAUGGAGUACGAGACAAGUCAUAAUGUGCCGCCCCAAUCAUCAGACACUGCUGGAUCUCGAUAGACAAAUCGAAAUCGAUAGUUCUUUGAGUCCAACCGCAGACCAGAAAGACAGUCUGAAUUAUUGUGAAUCGCGGUAGAAAUACGGCCUUUCGACGGUGCCGAUCACUGUCCUUCGGGAACUCUUGUAGCGUCAAUGACGAUGUCAGCCCAGUGAAAAAGCAGCGCCACUCUCGUGAUAGGCUACGCCCGUGCAAUCCAAGCAUGCCACAAAAUUACCAAUCCUCGGGUUUCGCUUCUCACGGGUCUGAAUUAAAAGCGCGCGUUCGGAAACUCUCAACACCUUCACUGGCUACGCACAAACACGCAUACGGCUCUUGCAUGUUUUCGUCAUCACCCUCUUUUAAUCAAUUUUCCGUCGAGACAAUCCGCUAUUAAGGGUUCUUUCCAGGAACGUCACAAGAAAGUUUUUUCAAUGAUGACGAUUAGUUUUGUCGUUGAUCCUUUUGUUAAUCGAUAAAUAUUAUAGACACCGUCGCUGUUGCUGUAAUCAUUAAGGUAGACGAAAACACGAAAAGUACAAAAAACUUUAAGCGUCAAUGAACGCUCCUUGUGUAUUUUAUCUCCUCACUCACGACUCUUAAGCGAGUCUCUCAGAUUGGAAAGAGUUCUGGUUUAAUCUUUGAGUCUUCAGAUUUCGUCUGUCUGGUUCCAGAAUGAAACUGAACGUGCGCAAGGUCUGGAAGCACUCUAUUAUCCCUCUAAUAUUUCCCUUACUUUUUCUGUUUAAAGCUAUUUAAAUAUGCGCUAGAGGGAUAGGAGUACGCUGGUGGUGGGCGACUGCCCAAGUUCCAGACCUUGCGCACGACAUAUUCGUAAUGGUGUGACAAUGAUAAAAUUCCGAAACUGGACAGGGUACAAAUUACGAAGACUUUUUUCGUUUUUCCACAUAGCUUAGGACUUUCGUGAAAAAGCUUCGUGCUGAUUGCGGUUAAAUAACGGCGGUUAAUUUUAAUACGUUAAGGUAUAAGGGCAAGUGUGUAAUUUUAUUAGCAUACCGGGACUUUUUUCAGGUCCUAGAAAUUGUCGUGACCCUUGCAAUCAAUUUUUAUUAGAUGUUGCUAGCGAAUUAGUUUUUAAUUCUUUUAAUUCGGAGGUUGUUCGUUUCUAGAACAAUAAGUGGGAAUCUUUUUGCGUUAAAUUGUGAUAUCUUUUAAAAGUAAAUCAAUGUUUGUGGCGCAAUAAGCAGCGGUGAAAAAUAAUUUUUAUUUCUCGGUCGAAGAAGAUCGAUUUUUAAUAUUGUUUUUACUUUCUAUUGUAAUGCAUCCGUAGCCAGUGUGAACGCGAUAUUCGGAAGAAUGUGAAACGCGUCACAGAGGACGUUUCCGAGGAACGAGGAUGAUAUUAUGAAUAAUAAUAAUUAUUAUUAUUGUAUUUAUUACGAGUCAAGGGUGAAUUACAAAAUAUUGUCGAGUGGAGGAACGAGUAAUUGUACGGUAAACGUUGAACUUUUAUUUUCCACGAUGACAGAAUAUAUUGCUACAGUCCGAUCCAAAUAAUCAAGCUUUUGUAAUACUAAAAUAAUGAUACGGCUAAUUACAUAAUUGUAAUGCACAUGGUAAUUAGUGUGAGAGAGUGGGAGAGUCCGAAAGAAAGCGAGAGAGUGAGAUUAAUUAGUUUGAGUCAUUGUUACCACGAACGCACGACAAAACUCUCUAGUUAUUCGGAAUUAAUCCGGGCACUUCGAGCAGGCGCCUAUAACUGGGCGAUGCCCAUUCGAAAAUUCUUUAAAAGUACUUUACAUUUGUACUCUAAAAAACGAUUAAAUUGAUUGAAGUUCGCUUGAAAUUAAUUUAAAUCUUUCAAAAACUCGGGAAUCUCUUUGAAUCUCUUAAAUUUGUUUAGAUUUCUUGAAAUCUCUUAAAAUCCUUUAUAGUAUUCGAAAAUCCUUUGAAAAUUCGUGACAUUAUCAAAAGUCUUUCUCAAAAAAUGGAAUAAAAUCCUGUGGAGUCCUUGAAAAUCGUUUUAAAUCCUCUGAAAUCUUUUGAAAUUUCUUUAAAUUAUUUAUAAUAUU